AUGAACUCGGAUGAUCACACCGCUGGUCGCCGGGCUCGCGAGGUAUAUCGCUAUUUUCGGCCCGAGAAACUCGCCCCGAUAGAUGAAGAUCAAUCAUUCUCUAGUGAUGGACCUCUCAUGCGAAAAGCUGCAACCCGUGCUAUUUCCCCUACACUAUGUCGCUCAUCGUCCGGAUCUUCAACAUCGCCCGGCCCAUGGACCCCAGAACCGCUGUCUCGUAUGCCAGAUCCUUUGGCCUUAGGCGCCUCCAAUGAUACAUUAAACUCCUUUGCGCAAUUGGCUGCGCUACGUUUGAAUAUGGACCGAGUCUUCAUCAGUGUUUCGGACCGAGACUCUCAGUUCAUCAUUGCGCAAGCAGCUCAAACAAAAGAAGGAAAUAAAAAAUAUCAUUCUCUCAGUAACGGGGUCUAUGAUGGCUGUUCCACACUCGACGCCAGCUCUUGGAUACCUUGCCAAUGCGGUUGCAAAUUACAGGAUACUAUUGCUUUACCGCACCCCAAAAAAGACACCACAAAAGAGCAAAAACAAGACCACUUCUUAGUAUCUAAUGAUAUGACUCAAGAUUCACGAUACAAAGAUCUGCCUUUUGUGAAAGGGAAACCGAACUUUCGAUUCUACGCAGGUACACCACUAACCACAGAGAGCAAAAUUAAUGUCGGCUGUGUGUUUGUCCUCGAUACAAAGCCACAUGCCGAAUUUAGUGAAGAGGAUAAAGAGAUAAUGAGCACCAUGGGAGGGCUCAUUAUGAACUAUCUGAAGGUCAACCGACAGGCCUCCGAGGGUCGUCGUGCAGCCCGAUUAUCCCAUGGCCUUAAUUUCUUCAUUGAAGGAAGAUCUAGCUUCAUGGAUUUGAUAGACGAUUCAACAACCAGCCCCACAUUACAAUAUAACACGCCUCCGAUUUCGAAAACACGAGAGAGUCACUUCUCCGGGUCUAGCCCCAACCGCUAUCGCCAUUCCCGCUCUUGUAGCAGCGAUGCGAGCUCGACAAGCUCGGCGUCAGAGACAAGGCGCGAUCAGUCUCUCUCUUCAAGUGUUGAUUCUAGCGUCGACUCUCGCCUUACUGGAUUGAACACCGGAAACAAGCAGGAUGAAGAUGAUCACAAGGGCAAUGCCUGGACUUUCCAACGAGCAGCGAAUUUGAUCCGAGAAAGCCUAGAGUUAGAGGGAGAUGGUGGUGUUGUCUUUGUUGAAGCUGGAAACGAUGCUGCGUUUGAUGUCGACACGGGCAGUCAGGGUGCGAGUUCCCAAGAGACUGGCAAACUUGCAUCUAUCCUGGCUAUAUCUACAAGUGAUAACUAUUUUGGACCGAAGACGGGGCCAGUUUCGCAGUACCCAGUUUCCGGAAUAGAUGAGUUUUUUGUGCAUGGUCUACUGAAUCGGUAUUCCAAGGGAAAACUUUGGUCCUUCCACCGGGACGGUCUGCUUUCUAGCUCAGACAGUGACGAUUCGCCCCGCGAAAGCCGGGCCCGGACACGGACUCAGUCUUCACGCACGAAACGAUCAAACAAAUGGAAAACCACGGAAAAUACAACACUCAACCGGUUAUUUCCAGGCGCUACUCAAAUCAUUUUCGUACCUUUGUGGAACGCCGCUAAUUCUCAAUGGUUCGGUGGCUGUUUUUGCUGGAACCAUGUCGAGAAUGUUGUUUUUGAUCCGGCAGUGGAACUGAGUUCAAUUCUGGGAUUCGGAUCCUCGAUCAUGGCUGAAUGCAAUAGAAUUGAAGCACAUAUCUCCAACCGACAGAAGGAAGACUUUCUCGGCAGUGUUUCGCAUGAACUACGAAGUCCACUUCAUGGAGUCUUAGCAGCAGCGGAAUUGCUUCAUGGCACCGAGUUUGAUGAUUUUCAGUGCUCGCUUCUCGAAACCAUCAAUGCUUGUGGUCGUACAUUGCUUGAUACGAUGAAUCAGGUUCUUGACUAUACCAAACUCGUUUCCUUGCAAAAGGAUCUGCGCCACCUGAAAAGAAAUCUAACCUCUCAAGUGGACAUUGAGAACAUACAACGCUCUGCUGGUCACUUGGAUGAAUAUAGGGCUACCGAUGUCUCCCUUUUGUCCGAGGAAGUGGUGGAAGGAGUCUGCUUGGGUCAUUCGUACAGUCACCGGCGCACAGCCUCUAUUGAUGCAACGGGGGCUUUUUCAACUACGACUAAAUCAACACAAGCUCCCGACAUCCCUCAACUCCAUGUGGACGUGAUAUUGGACAUUGCACAGAACGAUUGGACCUAUUAUACACCACCAGGUGCCAUCCGACGCAUUGUCAUGAACAUCCUUAGCAACGCCGUCAAAUAUACUGAUUCUGGCCGUGUUUCCCUGCUCUUAGAGGCAAGGGAAAACCCCGGGAGUUGGCCUCACCACCAGGGUCCAAAGGAAGACCUGGUCACCCUGACAAUUUCAGACACUGGUAGGGGUAUGUCUGCUGAAUUUUUGCGAAGCAAACUAUUUGUUCCAUUUGCCCAGGAAAACAGAUUGUCUGUCGGAACAGGCCUGGGUCUCUCCAUUGUCCGCAGUCUUGUUAAAUCCUUAAGCGGGAGUAUCAACGUCGAAAGUCGUUCAGGUGAAGGUACAACUGUCAAAGUGACGCUUCCUUUGACUCGCCAAGAACAACCGGAUUAUGGUGGCACUACUGGGGGUAUUCCUGGCACUCUGCCAUCACCCCCGCAAGAAGAUUCUGACCCCAUUGGUAAUGGAGUCCGUCUUUUACGGAGCACUUACGCCGGUCGAAAAGUUGCCAUCCUUGGUAUUGAGCCCAAUGAUGCCCGCAAACACCCAUUGUGGAGAACUAUCUCUCAAUACUUAGUCGGCUGGUACGGUCUUGAGCUAGUCUCGCCUUCAUCUGGCAGUCCCAUCGAUGUCAUUCUGGCCAACGAGCUGCCAACUAAAGAGGUCAUGAAUGGGGGCUUCAGGGACCCAAAUCAGGCCGUCCUUGUUGUGAGUAGCAAGUAUGUGGGCCACGAUACUAUUCGAGCAGAAUGGUCUUCAUUCACCACGGCUAUGAGCAUAAUAAGUCGACCAUGUGGUCCCCACAAGCUUGCUAGAUUGCUGCAGAAAUGCUUCGAUCAAAAUUCAUCCAUGUCACUUGCUGAGCCAAUGGCGUCAACUGAAACCCGACCAAAGCCUGUCGAAAACACCAUUUCGAUUGAACAAAAUGAACAAAAAGCCUCAAUCGACGGCAUCAAAACUUCAAAUCCAGAUAAUAUCCCUUCCACUCAACACGAAACUUUGGUCCCUUUUACUGGAAAUACAAAUUCUCUCCCGCCACCUUUGACAACCAACAACGCAGCAACAUCCCAAGAGCCUCGCAAACCUCGAGUGCUAGUUGUUGAAGACAACAAAAUCAACCUGAACUUAAUGCUCGCUUUCCUCAGAAAGCGAGAACUGGUGACGCUAGACUCCGCCGAGAACGGACAGAGAGCAGUUGAUGCAGUGAAAUCAUUGCAACACGGCUACGAUAUCAUUUUCAUGGAUAUUUCUAUGCCAGUCAUGGAUGGCUUUGACGCCGCACGAUCGAUCCGUGCCAUAGAAAAACAGCGCGAUCAGGAUUCUCCUAGAUCUAUUAUCAUCGCGCUGACGGGGUUGAGCGGUUCCAAUGAUGAAGCCGAGGCCCUCGACGCAGGGAUGGAUCUAUUCAUGACGAAACCCGUGACACUGAAAAACAUCUCCAAGAUCUUGGAUCAAUGGUCUGAGAGAGGCCUGCGAGAUGAUUGA